AUGUGGGAAAACUACCCAUUUUCUGAUCUUGGAGUUGGCCCCAUCUCUUCUCCCACAAAGCCGCUCCUCUGCCAAGGCAUCGGCAGCCGCCUGGCCUAUGACAUCUUGGACAUCCCACCAUGUUAUCUCUGUAUCUUCUUGGGGAUUCAGCACUUCCUCACAGCCCUGGGGGGCCUCGUGGUGGUGCCAUUCAUCCUGGCCAAGGACCUGUGCCUGCAGCACGACCCCCUGACACAGGGCUACCUCAUCAGCACCAUUUUCUGCUCCAGCAUCUGCACGCUCCUGCAAGUGUUUUUAGGGGUCAGGCUGCCCAUUCCCCAGGGAGGUACGUUUGCUUUUGUGGUAACUUCUCUGGCCAUGCUCUCCCUUCCCUCCUGGAAUUGCCCUGAGUGGACACUCAGUGCCAGCCAGGUGAACAUCAACUUUCCAGAAUUCACUGAGAAAUGGCAGAAGAGGAUCCAAGAGUUGCAGGGUGCCAUCAUGGUCACUCCCUGUGUCCAGAUGCUGGUGGGCUUCUCAGGCCUGAUUGGCUUUCUCGUGGGUUUCAUCUGCUCCUUGGCCGUUGCUCCAACUAACUCCCCAGUGGCCCUGCCCCUCUUUGAUCCUGCAGGCAAUAAUGCCGGGAUCCAGUGGGGGAUUUCUGCCAUGCUUCCUAGGGGGGAGGAAUCAGAGCCAGGACUUGAAGACAUGAGAGCAGACAGAAGUGAUGAGGUGGGGAGCAGGACAGUGAUUGUCACCGCAGGCUGCGUGCUGCUCCUGAUGGGCGCAUUUGGGAAGAUCGGGGUUGCGUUUGCCACCAUCCCUACCCCUGUGAUUGGAGGCAUGUCCCUGGUGAUGUUUGGGGUCAUCACUGCUGUGGGGAUCUCCAAUCUGCAGUAUGUGGACAUGAACUCGUCCAGGAGCCUCUUCGCCUUUGGCUUCUCCAUCUACUGUGGGCUCACCAUUCCCAACCGGGUGAGCAAGAACCCCGAGAUGCUCCAGACAGGGGUUCUCCAGCUGGACCAGGUUGUUCAGAUGCUGCUGACCAUGGGCAUGUUUGUCGGUGGAUUUCUGAGUUUUCUUCUAGAUGACACCAUCCCUGGUAUGACUCACCUCGCCCCUGAGAGGCAGAGGGUCCUGCUGGCCUCUCCAUCCCCUCCCGCUCUGGGCCCGCUCAACCAGGCUGGUGUUCGGGAGCAGUAA